AUGUUUACGUGUGCUUUGCCAUUAUUAUGCGUGAUUAAACGAAAACAAUUAGAAGAAGAGAAGAAAGCUACAAUGUAUAUAUUGAAGUUGAAGAGAACAAGAGCAACUAAUGCGUGGGUGGUUGAGGAAUCAUCAGCUCGCCAAAAUCCCUCAAAACCAAUAAAGUGCGGCAAUAGGAUUUUGUCUUCGGCUUUUGAAGCCACGAGCAUUGUUACCAAAUACUUUCAUAAAUCCCACGCAAGAAAAACCAUCAAAAUAAAAGCACAUGAAACUCGAGGCAGAGAACAAAAAAGUUUUCAACAUUAUGGAAAGAUUUCCGGGGUUUUCGUAUCAGAAAAUAUUCUCAGCAAAGGAUUUGUCUUCUUCACCCUUAAAGUAUCGUCAGCUCUUGAAAAUUUUCAACUUCAACCUUUAAUACUUAUUCAACUCAUGCGAUACAAACUUCAAAUUGAGUUUUCAUUUCUUAUCCCAUAA